GGUUGAGCCGGCCGCUGCCUUGGCUACCGGGCUCCUCAGGUGGCAGCGCUUGUAGUCGGGCUACGGAGGCCGGGUUGCAUGAUUAAUGGAAAGUGUUUAAGAAGCUUGUGGAAUAAUGUGAAUCAGGGUAAUACAGGAUCAGCCAGAAGUCCCUCAAAAUAGUUGGAAAAGAAGAAUUUCUGGACUCUUCAUCAAGAUCUUCAUUUAUACAGUUGUUAAAUCCAAGGCUACUGUGGUGAAAGCAUGUAUAAAAAUACAUCUGCUGUAGUAUCAUCCAGUCUACUUGAAAAAGAUCCUGCCUUUCAGAUGAUUACAAUUACCAAGGAAACAGGCCUUGGUCUGAAGAUCCUAGGAGGAAUUAACCGGAAUGAAGGCCCAUUGGUAUAUAUUCAGGAAAUCAUUCCUGGAGGAGACUGUUAUAAGGAUGGUCGUUUGAAGCCAGGAGAUCAACUUGUCUCAGUAAACAAGGAAUCUAUGAUUGGUGUAUCAUUUGAAGAAGCGAAAAGGAUAAUUACCAGAGCCAAGUUGAGGUCAGAAUCUACUUGGGAGAUAGCAUUCAUAAGACAAAAAUGUGACAGCAAUUACCCGGAAAAGCUAUCGUGUACAUCCCUUUUAGAAGCUUCAGGAGAAUAUGGACCUCAAGCCUCAACAUUUAGUCUUCUUUCUUCUCCCCCUGAAAUACUAAUUCCAAAGACCUCAUCCACUCCCAAAAUUAAUGACACCAUUUUACCUUCUUAUAAGAUAAGUCAGAUAAAAACUGGAUACAACAAAACAGAACAGACUCCAAUUACUUCUUCAGACAACAGCACUACGGAUAUGUCUAAUACAGAUGUUGCUCCUGCCUGGACUGAUAAUUAUGGACUACAAGGAAAGAAGAUUUCCCUAAAUCCCUCUGUUCGUCUUAAGACAGAGAAACUAGAAAUGGCUCUAAAUUACCUUGGUAUUCAGCCUACAAAGGAACAACACCAAGCCCUGAGACAGCAAGUACAAACAGACUCAGAGGGGACAGUGGCUUUUGGAGAUUUUGUCCAGGUUGCCAAAAACUUGUUUUGCUUGCAGUUGGAUGAAGUAAAUGUUGGCGCACAUGAAAUUUCCAACAUACUAGAUUCACAGCUUCUUCCCUGUGAUUCCUUAGAAGCAGAUGAAAUAGAAAGGCUUAAGCGUGAAAGAAAUGAUGCCUUGAAAGAAGUGAAUAUACUUAAGGAAAAGUUAUUUGAAUCAGAGAAGCAAAGGAAACAAUUGACAGAAGAGCUCCAGAAUGUGAAACAAGAAGCCAAAGCUGUAGUUGAAGAAUCAAGAGCCCUACGAAGUCGGAUUCAUCUUGCUGAAGCUGCACAGAGGCAGGCACAUGGAAUGGAAAUGGACUAUGAAGAAGUGAUCUGUCUGUUAGAGGCCGAGAUUACAGAGCUAAAGGCUCAGCUUGCUGAUUAUUCUGACCAAAAUAAAGAAAAUGUUCAGGAUUUAAGAAAGAGAAUAACGGUACUUGACUGCCAAUUGCGAAAAUCAGAAAUGGCUCGGAAAACUUUUGAGGAAUCCACUGAAAAGCUUCUUCAUUUUGUAGAGGCUAUUCAAGAAAUAUUUUCUGAUAAUUCUGCUCCCUUAUCAAAUUUAAGUGAAAGAAGAGCUGUGUUAGCUUCUAAAACUUCCCUGAUAUCACUGGGAAGGAAUGGACGUAACAUCCUGGCAACCCUGGCACUUGAAUCUAAGGAACUUGUUAAAUCUGUUCGUGCCAUACUUGAUAUGGAUUGUUUACCUUAUGGGUGGGAGGAAGCUUACACAGCAGAUGGAAUCAAGUACUUCAUCAAUCAUGUAACACAGACUACAUCCUGGAUCCAUCCCGUGAUGAGUGUCCUGAAUCUGUCUUGCUCAGAGGAGAAUGAAGAGGAUUGCUCUAGAGAACCUCCCGACCAGAAAAGUUGAUGGUUUUCUAUAGGAAACGGAGCUCCAUGGUCUUCUGGCAUCUCAGUCUACGCGGAUGAUGAGCAGAAACACAUAACACCCAACUCUAGAUGCAACAGUCUAAAAUAGGAAUACAACAUACACUACUUAAAGUGUGAAGUAGAUUCUGGAUUUAGGGUAUUUUUGUAAAACUUUUUGAUAUUACUGUAUACAUGUAAAAGAGAAAUUACCACUACAGUAGUUCUUUAAGAAUAAUCUAGUUAUAUAUUUUGAAAUCACAUAUAAUUUGAUUUUAUUAUAUAUAUACUUUUUCAUAUA